UGUCAGCACACGGUGGAAGUGGCCUGACCUCCCGAAUCAUCCGCGCGUCGUUUGUUAGCUUUUAUCCAAGCGUUUCUGAACGAGUCCGCGAAGAAAUCCGCGAGAGAAGAGGCGGCAAGGGGAAGGCGGAGGACGCAAGAGAGACGGCCGGGUCUGCCGGACACUCGGGCGGCCGCGCUGCCGCUGCCGCAAAAAAAGCUGCUCCUGCCGCAGACGCAGCCGCGCUCACACGCUCCAAACUCAACCACUUCCUCCAGCUGGAUGUUUGCCUUCCCUGCAGACUUCACCAUGGAAUGGACCAAGGAGGACUGACACCGGGGGAGUCGUGAAGAAAACCUCGUUCUUUUGGAAAAGUAGCAUCUGGGAGAGGAAAAAAAGAGAGACCACCGUGCGUUUUUAAAGCCAGGAGCUGAGGAGAGUGACAGCGCCAGCAAAAAUGUCUGUCCCUAACGUGCUGGCCAAGGCGUUGUAUGACAAUGUGGCGGAGUCGCCGGACGAGCUAUCUUUCCGCAAGGGCGACAUCAUGACGGUGUUGGAGCGUGACACGCAGGGAUUGGAUGGCUGGUGGCUCUGCUCCCUCCACGGCCGCCAAGGCAUUGUCCCCGGCAACCGUCUCAAGAUCCUGGUCGGCAUGUACGACAGCAAGCAACAGGCUAUGCCUUCCACGCCUGAGCCAGCUUCUUCCUGUCCCGUGUCCCUGGUCCAGCGGCCCCUCCCCCCUCAGAGUGCUUAUGCCCAGCCAACACCUGCUCCAUCAUCUGCUGCCAUCGCAACUUCUUCCUCUGGGUUUGCCAGCAAGCCCCUCCCCUCAACUCAGUACACAUCUAUGCACCCCGCCUAUUCCACCCCCUGCCCAGCACAGCCCAACCCUGACUCUGUCUACAUGAUGCCCCCCUCUCACGGCCCUAAACCGAGCCCCCAGAGUCUGUACCAGGUGCCCUCUGGCCCAAUUGGACCCCCUCCACAGGCCAAGCCAGGACCCCCCAGCAAAGCCCCAGCUUUAGCCCAGAGACAGUACCAGCUGCCUGGGCAAGAUAUCUACCAAGUGCCCCCUUCUGUAGGCCCAGGGCCAGGCCAGGGAGCAGCCCCACCCGGGGGGACAGGAGCUGGGCAGGAUGUGUACCAGGUGCCCCCCUCCCUAGAUAAGAGGAACUGGGAGAGCAGCAACAAGCCACUGGGCAAGGUGGUGGUCCCCACCCGGGUCGGACAGGUGUAUGUCUACGACACAGUCAAACCAGAGCAGGACGAGUACGACGUCCCGCCCAGACACCAGCCCACGACCCAGCAGGAAAUAUACGACGUGCCGCCCACUCGCCAGCAGUACAACACGCAGGUGUAUGACACCCCUCCCAUGGUGGUGAAGGGGCCCUCUAGUGGUCAGGAUAUAUACGACACCCCAGCGAGUACAGACAAGAACACACAGCAGACGGUCUAUGACUUCCCUCCGUCUGUCAGUAAAGAUGUCCCCGAUGCUCAGCCAAUCAGAGAGGAGACCUACGAUGUACCACCCCACUUUGCCAAACUCAAGCCACAAGUCCCCGUCCCUCCUGGCCAGUACCUGCACAACAACCUCAACGACGACGACGAGCCGCCGAUUCCAGAGGACGUGUACGACGUCCCGCCCCCCAUCCUGACUGACAAGCAUUAUCGUGGAGACAGGGGCGGGGUCAGCCAGGCCCCCCAGGAGAUCUAUGACACCCCGGCGAGCCUGCGGAGUGGCGGUCACCCCGCACAGGACGUCUACGACUUCCCUCGGGAGCGAGAGGAGAAAGGAGGGGAGAGGAGAGACCACUACGUCUACGAUGUCCCGCCGCAGGUUGUGCGUGAUGCCCAGUCCACCAGCGAGGAGCUGACCAUGUCCUUCAAGCGGCUGUCUGCCUCGAGCACAGGAAGCACACGGAGCAACCACUCUGCUUCAUCCUUAGACAUGGUCCCUGUCCGCGACACCUCCUCUUCCUCCUCAGCUCCUGCUCCCGGCUCCGUUCCAGGGAAACCCCUCAUCUUGGACCUGGAGCAGGCCAUGGAACGUCUGUCUCGCCUCCAGCAAGCUGUUGAGUCCAGCGUUUCCCUCAUGAUGUCUUUCAUCACAGGUAACUGGAGAGGCCCUGCUCACCUGGAAGGGAACCUCCCGGCCAUUCAUCAGGCUGCUGACCGGGUGCGCGCCACCGUCCGAGACUUCCUAGAAUUUGCCCGGGGCGCUGUGGCGAAUUCUGCGCAGGCCACAGACCGCUCUCUGCAGACCAAACUGGGCCGUCAGGUGGGCAAGAUGGAGGAGGUCUUCCAGAGUUUGAUUCGACACAGUCAGAGCUUAGACGCCAUUUCCUGGUCGCACACAGCGCUCACAGCACCGCCACCAGGAGGGGAUGACUUAGAUCGACUAAUCAUGACGGCACGAGGCAUCCCCGACGACGCAAAGCAGCUCGCCUCCUUUCUCCACGGUAAUGCCUCGCUGCUCUUCAAACGGACCAACCGGCAGCAGCAGCAGCUGCCGCUUCCUCCAAUCCCAGGGGAGAUCAGCGGUCACAUGACAGGAUCGGGAAGUGGGAGCUAUCAGGGAGGGGAGAAGGUGAACAUUCAGUCGCGGCCCCUCCCUUCUCCACCAAAGUUUACAGCUGCAGAGGAAGAGGAAGGUGUGGACAGGCCGUAUGAGACCACAGAGGAAGGCUGGAUGGAGGACUAUGACUACGUACAUUUACAGGGCAAGGAAGAAUUUGAGAAGAACCAAAGACAGCUCCUGGAGAAAGGCAACAUCAUCAGACACAAGACACAACUGGAACAGCAACAGAUUAAACAAUUUGAGCGGCUAGAGCAAGAAGUCAGCCGACCAAUCAACAAUGACAUGACGGGCUGGGUCCCGUCCCCACACCACCCACUGGCCAACCAGCUGGCCCAGAACGGCUCUGGAGGUCCCUCCUCCUCCAAACUGUGCCAUGGCGACCGGCAGCUCCUCCUCUUCUACCAGGAGCAAUGCGAGCAGAAUGUCACCACGGUGACCAACGCCAUCGACGCCUUCUUCACCUCCGUCAACUCCAACCAGCCACCCAAGAUAUUCGUGGCACACAGCAAGUUCGUCAUCCUCAGCGCGCACAAGCUGGUGUUCAUUGGCGACACGCUGUCGCGCCAGGCCAAGGCUCCUGAGGUGAGGAGCCGAGUGGCGCAGAGCAGCAACACCCUCUGCGAAAAACUCAAAGACAUCGUGAUCAGCACGAAGACGGCGGCGCUUCAGUAUCCUUCCCCUGGAGCAGCCAGAGAGAUGACUGACAGGGUGAGGGAGCUGGCAGGGUGUACGCAGCAGUUCAGGAUGGUGCUGGGGCAGCUGCUGGUGAUGUAGGGGCUGUGAGGGGGGAGGAGGAAAAUGAACCAAACAGUGACACAAACUGAGAUGUCCCAGGAACACGGGGCAGUAAAUCCUCCCUGUAACAAGGGGUGGACAACCGUGUAUGCCCCUGUAGCACGGGGCAGGAGGACCUGGAGCCCCCUGGAGUGCUGCAGUAAACCCUGCACACCCUUCCAUUGUGAGGUUGGAGACCCCGCGUGCCUCGACAGGGUGAGGCUUCCCAUCCCUGAUGCUCCUGACAUGUAGCGUGGGAAACCCUAUGUGGCCCCGGAUCCUGGGGGUCUGGGACCCUGUCUGGGAACGGCGACACUGACCUCACAUCCAUCCUCUGCUCCCUCUCCACCUUGCCUUUCACUGGGACCAUUCCUCCAUUCCUCUGCAGGCUUUUUAUUCUAGACAAGCUAAAAGGAACAUUUAUCUUCAGUGGGCUGGGCCAAUGGUUGUAAAAUAAUCAUUGUAAAUAUUUAAGUUACCUAUUUAGUCAGAAAACAGAAAGAAAAGAGACUUAAGAACUUCCAGUAUAUAAAUAUAAAUAUAUGGUUCUUUUUUUUUUUUUGAAGAAAAGAUGAAAACGUAAGUGUAGUUUUUAGACAAUAUCAAUAAUUGUUAUUAUUAUUGCUAUACCGUACAAUUAUGGCUCCGAUUCUUGAUCCUUGUAUCAUUAUUGUUAUGGAUGUGUAAAUUCCAGAUGAUAUGUAUGAAUGUAUGUUGUAGUACGUCUAUGCUCUUCUCCAUCCCUGACAAAGGCACACUUUCCGAAAAAAACACUGGAGCACACACUCAUCUUUAAGCUUCACCGGAUGACAAACUGACUGUUCUGCACAUUGCCAUGUUGCCUCUGUGUUGGAGCGGCAGGUUGUUGUCCACACUGAUCUCAGUCCGCCAGUGCAGGCAGCACUGCUGCCAAAAGAUGUCCACAGAACUGCACGGUUGCAGCACAGCAGUUAAUUAAAGAUGAUCUCAGUGCCAUCUCAGUUGCUUUUUUUUUGGAAAACUAUACGUAGGUUGUUUUGUAAGAGGCAUGUAUUAGAGAAAAGGAGUGUAAAAGGGUCAAAUCUACAAAUGAAAUUAAACCUGUUUUUCCUCUUUUCUCUGA